AUGGCACAGGUACACAAGUCCCCUUUUGAACUGGAGAUCCCAAAUGUCGACCUCGCGACUUUCAUCUUCUCCUCCGGGACUCGAGAUUCACGUUCUCAGCCCCAGUAUUUCGACGCGGAGAAUCCUGCUCUCAACUUCAGCUUGGAACAAGCAGAAGGAUGGGUGAAACAAUGGGCAAAAGGCUUGCAAGACCUUGGACUCAGGACCAAUGACAAAGUGUUACUGUAUUCGGGCAACUCUCUAUAUUUCCCUAUUGUCUUCUGGGGCGUGGUCGCUUCAGGUUGUGCUUUUACCGGCUGCUCCCCAAGCAGUUCUAUAGAAGAAUUGGCUUACCAACUCGCUGAUUCGGAAUCCCGGCUGCUUGUUGCCGGCCCUGGUUAUCUAGACAAAGCGCUCAUGGCCGCAGACAAAGUUGGACUUCCGCGUACCAAUGUUCUUGUAUUCACUGACCUCCAAGAUACUGUUCGAUAUCCUUUGAGAUCAUGGACCGACGUGUGGGCUUCCGAAGAGCACGCCAAGUCGUGGAAAUGGAGGACCUUUUCUUCCAAGGAGGAAGCUCAAUCAGAAUCUGCUGCAAUAAAUUACUCGAGCGGCACUACUGGACUGCCCAAGGGGGCGGAAAUCUCGCACUAUAACAUAAUUUCCAACUCGGCACAGGUAGCCUUCAAGCGCAACAUGGUGGCCGAAACGAGGUCCGGACACGAGCGAAAGGAAAGACUUGGGUUCUCUGGAGAGCGCUGGUUGGCGCCUCUCCCCAUGUUUCAUGCCUAUGGACAAGCUUACUACUGCACCACUGCUGCAGUGACCGGAUGCAAAGUGUUCAUAAUGCCCAAAUACGACAUCCAGAAGUACCUCCUCUUCCUGGAUAUUUACCGCAUCACCUUCCUGACAGGCGUACCAACGCUCCUAGUAUCACUCGCGAAGCAUCCUAGGGCCGCCAGUUUCAAUCUCAAGGCUAUCGAGACGGUUGUUUCGGGGUCAGCUCCGCUCAAUCCAGAGAUCGGCAGCCUUGUCCAGCGAGUCUAUCUACGCCCAGAUGUUCAGGUGAAACAGGGAUGGGGUCUCACAGAGACGACAUGCUCGGCUACUGGCUUCGCUCCGGAUGAUAUAGAUGACGGACGGUCAAUCGGCUGGCUAAACCCGAACAUGAUGGCCAAGAUCGUGCCGGUUGAAGAAUACGAAUUCGAAGACGGGGCAAAGAUUCCGUACUCGGUUGGCGAGAUUUGGAUCUCUGGACCCAAUAUUAUGAAAGGGUAUUAUCGCAGACCUCAAGAGACGAAUGCUGCGAUUGUUACCGAAGGAAACAAUAGGUGGUUUCGCACCGGAGACAUUGGCUAUGUUGAUUCCAGGGGUUGCUUUUACAUCAUCGAUCGGUUGAAGGAACUUAUCAAAGUGAAGGGCUUGCAAGUAGCGCCGGCAGAGAUUGAACAAACCCUUUUGACACACCACAAAAUUAUCGAUGCAGCCGUCGUAGGAGAGAAAAGGCACGACGGAGAGUAUCCGAAGGCGUUCGUGGUCAAGGCGCCGGGCCAGGCAUUGACAGAGAAGGAGGUUCAGGAGUACAUACAGACUCGCAUGUCGAGACACAAAUGGCUAACGGCCGGAGUCGUUUUCUUGGCUGAGAUACCAAAGACACCCAGUGGCAAGGUCAAGCGACGACUACUGGCCAAAAGAGCCUCUGACCAUACACCCGGUUCUGUAAGCUCCAAGUUGUAG